CCAGUCUGUUCGAACGUGACGAACAUGGCAGACCCUUUGUCGCUUCUUCGACAGUAUAACAUAAACAAGAAAGAGAUCAUAGAAAGGUCGGGUGAGAUCAUAUUUGACGAAUUCUCAUUUCCAAGGACGGCAAAGACGAACUAUGUUAUUUUCAAGUAAGUAAUUCAGUGCCUGUCAAUUGUAGAAGCUCUCGUGUGUUCCGUGAACUUUCUUUUUCUUAAAUUUGUUAAUUUGGCACUUGUUGUUGCAUGUAUUUAAGAUUUUUUUGACUUUCUUAUUUAGAUCCCAGCCGAAGGAAUACUACACUUUGGAGUCGCUAUUGUUUCUGUUGAAGAAUGUGCAUUUAUCUCAUCCAAUUUACGUCCAGCGUGCAGCGGUAAGCAACGAACAGCUUGCUUAUUUAGAAAUUUGCUCAUGAAACUUCUGUUCGACAGUUGAAUCUGGGUGGUUGGAUCGGUGCCAGUUGCUUCUAUUUGAUGAUAGUAGAUGAUAAAUAUGUUUUAGUUUAACUUAAUGAAGCAACUCAUCUAAAUUCGUUGUCUUUAUUUAAUUUGUGUCAUCUUUGCUCUCAAUGCAAAUGUUUAGUGUUAGAAAUGAAUCACUGAUUCAUCCUGCCAUGGGAUUGUUUCCCUACCAGCUACUUCCACUGAUACUUUUUUAUUUUCCUAUAAUUUCUUUUUUCCUUCCAUAUUGGUAGGGUACAAAGAUACCAGUGGUGAGAUUGCCUGACAGAAAGGUUUGUUUAUUUUCUCAUUUCUUUUUAGUUGUAUAGUAAUUUUCCAAUUUAAAAGGAAAGGAAUGAUGCAUCAUAAUGUGAUUUGCAGAAGCUGCAAAUUUUGAUAUGCACCUGCCUCAUACAUUAAUUGUAACUCAGCCACCUAGUCUUCUUUCUCACAGCCAUACAGCUGAUUGUGAUUGUGCCUAGCUCUACAAUGCACAUCUCCACAUGCUAGGUUCCAUUAUCCUCCUUCGUCAUGUGGCUCUUUCAAACAUACAAUAGUUAACUUUACAAGGCAGUAUUGAUGGAAUGUAGCAAAAGUGUUUGACUGCUUUUCAAGUUGGAUGCAGACCAAAGCAUCUAUUUGAAAAACUGCUAUAACAAGUGCUGGAGCUUAACAAAGACUAUGGAGAAGCACAUUUUCAUGCUGAAACACAUCUUUUGAGUAAACAUUAUCAUGUUUCCACUUUCAUGUUUUUUUCUCUAAAGCAUUAACAUAUAUUUUAUGCAUGUGGUAAUUGUGAGAAUGCAGAGAAAAGUUGAACAGCCUUUAACCUUUAUGAAUGGUCCUUCAUUUUUUGUGCAUUAGAACUAAACAUGUGGUAUUGAUUUUUAUGCAGCAGGGGAAACUGCUUAGAAACGUUCUAUUUACUCACAUCUUCUUACAAAAAGACUUACACAACUUCACAAACUAACCAAAUAUGCCAGUUAAAUUAUAAGGAUCACCAUUGAUUCCAAAGUGGCUGUGUUAAGUCAACUAAUAUGUAUAUAAAGCUGUAGCUUGUGUUUGUUGUAAGUGAUCUAAUGUACAGACAACUCAUCUUUGAAUUUCAGGGAUUACUCAGCUAUCUCAAUGGAGAGACAGGUUGGUGUGCAUAACUACUGUAUAGGAAUCACGUGCAUGUAAUAUAUCAGAUUUGAGUGUUAGUCCUCAAUCACCCACUGUGAACUUAUUUCCAAUAGAAAGUGACUUGGUUUUACCUAGGGAAGGAAGUUGUUAUUUUUGUAAUUGUACUAAUUCGUGGUUGUUGUUUUUCUCAAUCUUCAUUAGAUACUGCAAGCAGCAUUGACAAGAGUGUCCCUUUGGAAAUGCCUAACCAGCGCUCUGCCAUUGCUCAGGCACAAGGUUUUUAUUGUAUUCUUUAUUCCCAUUUCACUUUUCUUUCACUCAUAAGAUCAAAACAUGAAUUCUCUGCACUGUUUGCUAUACAUUUCACAUAAUUUAGAUUUGAGAAUUUGAAGUUAAAUCAAUCCAUAUUCCCUUGUUAAUAGAUUUUUCUUCCCUUUCAUCUCUUUUCUGCUUCAUAAUGCAUUCAUAAUGUAGGAAGGAAUUUUUUUGGUUUCUCCUAGGAAUAAAUUUGUUAAAUCUUUAAUCCUUAAGUGCGACUUGCAUUUAGUCUUGCUUUGAGUAAUCACUUUUGAAUUAAAAGUACGGUCAUGAUGGUAAAGGAAAUGAUCUCCAACUGAAAAAGCUGGUGAUUUUUCAGCAAAUUCUCAUUGUCAGUACCAUUGGAAAUGUGUAAAGGAGUAAGAGAACAAAUUGAAUUCAGUCUUUGGAAAGUUACAAUUUUUUUUUUCAUCAUUGCUUUUCAAAAUGUGUUUUUAAUUAUUAGCAAAAAGGCCAGGAGAUGACUCUGUAGGGGGAGAGAUCAAGAAACCUCGGGUUGAGGUUUGUAUAAAUUAACAUGAAAAAUGUGGUUUAUAUUUUGUAAGUUAUGCCUUGUAAAAAAAACACAAACAAUGUAGAAAUAUGUUAAUCCUCCUUUAAAGUAGUAUUUGUGAGUUACUUAGAAAAUAUAAUGGAGAACUUUUAAAUGUGGCACAAUUUACUUGUAUGUAACCAUGCAAGUUGCAUGUUUUGUCUUUGUGGUGUUGGCACUUUCUAUCAUUCUACAAACUUUCUGUUUAAUUGUGUAUUUUUUUCUUCCAGACAGAGCAGUUACGUCUGGAUAAGGUAUAUUAGCUUUAAAGUAUUCUGCCUUAUUUAAUAUUGCAUCUGUUUGCUGUUUCAUCAUCUAGUUGUACUGAGUUCUAUUUUUGAAUAAUGUUUUAGCUUUAAGCUGAAGAACAAUAAAAGAUACAGAAAAAGCAACAUUUAAAUAGUAAAACCAUGAUAAAAAGAACAAUAAUUAGUGCAGUAUCAAAAUAUAUUCACUGUUUAUAUUAUCUAUAUACUUUAUACCAAACAGCAGACCAACUGCUAGCAAGUAGAUCAGGUGUCUUUUCCUUGAAUUUUCAUUGUGCUUGUCUCUGGCAUGAAAAAUGCUGAGAAAUGGUGGCUGUUAUAAAGGCUUGUUAUUGUUAUUCUUCCAUGUCUCUGGAUCAACAAAAAGUCUGUGUUUAAAUCUUUUUUCACAGGGAAGAAACCUAAUAGCCAUGAAUAGCAUUCACUCUGAAGUGCAAUAGUGGAAUGUAAAUGUAAAUGAAAAUUUGUAGUAGCUUCUUCAGCUAUUUACAAUACCAUGAUUUUCCUUUUACCACAGAAAAGGUUGGAAGCUCGACUUGAAGGGCACAAGGAGGGAACUGUUACCACUGAACAAAUCAGGUAAAGUGUUGUGUUUAACUCACUUGUAGUUUGAGGAAUGUUCUACUGUCCGGGAGGAAAUAUGCACACUUCAAAGGUAUACUCUCUGAAAGCCAUUGCAGGGGUUGAUUUUCCUUUCAUCAACCUCAGGUUGGUACCAAGUAUCAUAAAUCAAUGAUUUCUUUAUUUGAUUCAGUUUUAUCCUCUUAUGUUUAUCUGAAGAUCUUUGAGUGAUGCUAUGUCAGUUGAGAAGAUUGCAGCCAUCAAGGCUAAGCGUUUGGCAAAGAAAAGGACUACCAUCAAAGUGGAUGAUGACUUGGAAUCUGGUGUUUUGGUAUGAAAAACUGAUAAAAUGUGUAUUUUUGUAGUGAUGGAGAGAUGCACAAUUGUUCAGCCUGAUUAUAUCAUUUUUGGAGCAAUCAUUACACUCUGAUUUGUGAAUUUCUUUAUUUUUGUAGGAACACAGGGUUUUUGUUGAUGCUGAAGUUGAUGUUACAAAAGACAUAGUCAGUCGUGAGCGACCUCUUCGCACCCGCACAUCUGUUCUGCAGAGUUCUGGCAAGGUAUGUAUGUGAUACAAGAAGAGUGUUAUGCUCUCUUUAAACAAUACUAGGAGUCCAUAGGUAAUAUCUACUUAGACUUUCUGAACAGUUGAGCCAUUUUGCCAAGCAAAGCUAUUGUUCAGUCGUACUGUAGUAAUUUAUCAUUUUAAUUGUAUGUAUAUGUUUUCAGCAAUUUCUGAAGAAUGUGUUGGCCAUACUCCAAUCUGUAAAAGCCCAAGAGGAAGGGAAAGUCAAACAGCUUCAGAAUCAAGAUCCCUUUACAAACACUGUAAGAUUUUAAUUCAGUUCUUGCUUAAAGUUGUGAUUUUUGCUUUUUGUACUAAUGAGCUGAAGUUAUUAUUAAUGUCUUGUGGGAUAUCCCUUAGUUCUAAACCCUUUAACUCCGAGAAGUGAUUAACAUGUAACUUCUCCUAGUAAUACCCAUACAUUAUCCAGCAAACAGGUAAUGAGAAAGCUCAAACUUAACAGGUAGGAGUUGUUAUCUUGAUUUAACACCAAAUUCUCAUAUUGAAUUCAUAAGGAAAUGUCAUGUAGUUAGGGAGGAGAAUUAACAAUCAGGUUGUGGGAGGUAAUGAGUUGCUUAAGAAAAAUGAUAAUUCAUUUGUUCUUGCAACAGGAAACAAGAAAGAAGCCUGUAACUCCAGUACCAUACAACAGAUAUGAUCAGGAACGAUUUAGGGGAAAAGAAGGUAUGAUGCAGAGCUUAGCAUUUACAGCAUACCAUUGAUUUAUGGUUGAAUUGAUGGAUAGUCAUUUUAGUUUUUAAAACUAACAAACUUGCUUCUUUAAUUUUUGAAUUAAAAUUUCUUUUGUACAUGUAGAUGUUGAAGAGCUUUGAUUUAUUAAUUCAACAGAAACUGAGGGCUUCAAAAUUGAUACAAUGGGAACAUAUCAUGGCCUUAGUUUAGAAUCUGUGAAGGUACAGUGUACUAGUUUGAAUCCUGGAGAGGCUGAAUGUGGAAUCCUUGACUUAUUACAUCUUCUGAAACAUGAAAUGAUUAGGAGCUAUUUGCUCUGACAAUGACACCUUUCAAACUCUGUACAGUGGCCAAGUUAUGUUAUCAACUCAGUUAAUAAUGCUAAAUUACCCUGCUUAAUUUGAUAGUUCACCUGUAGCCAUCCAUACUCCUGGGUGAAAGGAGUCGCUGUGUGAGUAGAGGCUCACCCAUGAACACAACUCUAUGACCAGGCCAGAUCUUACACAGAGCUCUUAAGCUGGUUCUGGUUGUUUGAGGGGUGUGUAAUGCUAUCCGCUGGGUAAAUCUCUUGGCCCUUUGGACAAUUGGACCCUGGAGUCCUGUGUGCUAACCAUUGGACCACAUCCAAAGUUAUGUUUUUAACCAUUUUUUUAUCACUUGCAGGAAGGAGUUCAGAAACCCAAGAAAGUCUUUCCCAGUCCCUCUCCUCAUACACAGCCCAGCAAGACCCCCAGGCCUAGUGAGUACUGGAAACCUUUGACUGUCCAUUACAGCUUUAGUGUAAAAUAGUAAGCACUCAGUUAGUGGAGUUUAGUUGAAAAACAAUUAGAAAGUCUGGAUUGAACUCAAACUUUUGCCCAACCAGCUGCUUAAUUUCCUCUUGUGCCAGAGCUUAAGGAUAGAUUUCUUCUUUACAAUAUCAAUACAAUAGCGAACAGAGAAGUUAUGAGAUUAAAGACAAUGUCAAUUAGAGGAUUAUUAGUUGAUCCAAAACCAAAUUCUCUGAACUAACAUCAUGAGAAUUGAGUGACAGACAGUAAUUAGGAGCAUUACUGUUGAGACCUUGAGAGUGAAAUGGUUAACCCUUUAACUCCCCAUGAGUGACCAAGAUAGAAUUUUUCCUUACAAUAUCAGUACAAUAUCAAGCAGACAAGUGAUGAGAAUUAAGUAAAAUAUUAGCAAGGGGAUCAUAAGUUGAUCCGAUACUAAAUUCUCCAACCUAGCAUCUCAAGAACUGUAUGUCAGACAGUAAGGAGAACUACUAAUGAGACCUUGGAAAGUAAAAUUGAAAGUGAAAUGGUUAAGCUUUUCUCCUCGCUGCAGACACUCAGACAAAGUUAGAAAUACAUUUGUAUCAAAAGCUUAGAAUGUCUUUAGUUUAUUGGAACAAAGGUAGUAAUAAUUUUCUUUUAGUCUUGAUCUUAGUGAUUGAAAAUUAUCAUGCAACAAUAUUAAACAACUAUUAAAUCUCAUGAUUCACAACAAUUUAUGACAAUUUGUAUUUUCAGUCCCUCAAAAGCCAAAUCAUCCUCCAAAACGAGGUAAGAGCUCUAAAAUGUAUAUAUUUUUUCAUUGUUUGUUUUUCCUUUGAGGGGAUUGUCAUGAUAACUAUUGAUGCAGCAUGAGAUGAAUUUGCAAGUAAGGCUUAAAACUUCAGGGUUCACAUGUUGUUGAUAGGGUUAGUAGGACAUUUCUAACUUGGGUAAUCCCCCCCUUCCCUUCCCCCACAAAAAAAAAAAAAAUUAGUCCAUUAGAUUAGACAGAUGAGAGAAAAAAACAGCUUCUAAACAGCUGGAUGCCUGUAUCUGCAGUAAUUUCAUUAUUAUACAUAUCGUAGCGAAUUCUCGGAUAUGUUAGAAUAAUCUCUAACUUGCCUCUCUUUCAUAUUCAGUCUUGUCGGACGGUUUGGUUUUCUUUGUCGUGUGAUGGGUUUAAUAUUUGACCUGCAUCUUUUUCAAUUCCAGAAUCACGCACGCCUAUCAUUAUUAUUCCUGCUGGUACUACGUCACUCAUUACACUCUACAAUGCUCAGGAUUUGCUGCAGGACUUCAAGUAAGAAUCCUUUAGUGCAAUGAUGCAAUUAUUUCGUUUUGCCAAACAUGGUUCCAAACCUAUCGAAGAGCUGUUCAUAACUGAUAAUUGGAAAACUAUUCCACAUGGGUCUUGAAGUAAUUUUCAAUUAAGUGUCAAAGGAAUCCGAAGUUGGAUUGGUUUUGCUUUACUUUGCUCUCUAAUUGGUCCAGAAAACUCGCGCCAAAACAAAAACCACGACUUAGUCGCCCGCAUCCUCCCGCUCUUUUGGUUGUUUCGUUGUUUUAACUUUUGAGGUUUCAUCGGCUCUUAAAAGGUAUUUUCCUUUCUGAUUAGUCUUUGUGAUAACUUUGGUUUCGGAUUUACAACACUCAGUCGAAAAGCGCUUCAUUUAGGAAGUAACACACACGAGGCAGCUUUUCGUGACGAUCUCUCACAGCGGAAUGUCGUUAGUGUGUCUUGGCCUUUAAACCAUUUUUUCUGUACCGUUUAAAGGUUCACCAGUUCUGAUGAGAAAAAAGCUCAGGGCGCAAGGCGUGAAAACGAAGUACUCAUUCAGCGAAGGAAAGACAUUCAGCAGGCCCAGGCUGGUACAGGAGGUGCAUCAACCACAGUGACUGUACCUUACAGAGUGAUAGACAACCCAGCUCGUCUUCAACCCAACGACUGGUGAGUCAACCCUCCCCCCUUCCCCCCACCCCCUCAAAAAAAUUUUCGAUGGAAUGUUAAGGGGAAGUUUAUUUUUCGGAUCGGCGAUUUCUUAUAUUUGAAAGUUACGACUUGUUUUUGUUUUGAGGUGAAAUAUCAGUAAGGUACUAAUUUUCACGAUAGGUUUACGCAGCAGAGCAUUAACGACGAAGGCAUUUUAUUACUCGUUCAGUAAUAGCAUACUCCACUAAUUAGAGACAUUUGACUGAAAUGUUUUCAGUAUCAGAAAAGCCUUAUUGCUCUACUGGACCACAAUUCAACGAAAUAACAAAAUCAAACAAAGAGCCUGCUCCUACCCACCUUGAGUUUUGUUGCUGGGCUGAUUAAAAAAAAAAUUUUCUGUUAUGUUUUUGUUUUUGUUUUUUUUCGAUGCAGGGACAAAUUGUAACUCGCAAAAUUUUCAUGCUGUACGGAAAUUUGGGACUGUAUUGAUUUUACUUGUCACGCCUUCUGAUUAGCCCAGAAAACUCACGCUAUUCCCCUCAACCAAUCAAAUAAAAGACCAUAACUAAGCACGACAUGGUCACUCGCGUUUUUUUUUUUUUAAUUGUUAUUUUUUUUUAACUUGUUACCUAAAAUUUUCUAAAUGUUUCUUUGACCUUUGCUGUGAAAUAUGGUUUUUCAUCUGUCAGGAAUCGCGUUGUAGCGGUGUUUGUCCAAGGUCCAGCCUGGCAGUUCAAAGGUUGGCCAUACAGCUCCCCUGUCGACAUCUUCAUCAAAAGUAUGUGGAAAUGUUGGAUUGCAACUAGAAGCCUGUCCAUUUUAUUUUCAGUCCUUAUUGUAAUUGAGCUUUCGGGUUUCUUCACAUCGCAUCUAUACUUUUACUUUCCUGAACUUUCAUCUAAGCUUUCGUAGCUGGAAGUUUUUUGGCGCCACAACCUCAGUUUUUGUUCGCCAUCUUCGAAUUGAAGGCCACACCGAAUCAAUAAAUUGCAUCGUUCAUUCGAGGAUUUUAAGAAGGAAAAAAUCAAAUGCGGUACAACUCGGGAACCUACGCCAUCAGUGGAACGUUUUUCUAAAAAGUGGCAUUAGGACUUAAAUCAAUUCUCUGUUACACCUAAUAUUUACAAAUGAUAUACCGUAAUUGAUACCAGCGACUGAAGAAAUUUGAUUUUAAGAAAAACAACGCAUCGAAAACGCAAAAAUAUAAAGUAAAUUAGUAUGUAAAGUAAAUGCGAGCCACGAUCGACUGUUCCUUCCAAUUUCGAACUAUUCACUUUAUUGAAGAGGGAUGCUUCUUGUCUUACAGCUAAAGGUUUCUACCUCAAGUACGACGAGAUGAAAACAGAUCCCAACGUGCAGAAGUGGGACGUACAUAUCCUCACUGUAAGUAUUGGUUUUUUUUCUCUUUCAAUUCCAAAAUAGAAGAAAAAGAUUAAAAAUAGUUUUUAAUUUGCUUUCAGAUCAGCCGAAAUAAAAGACAUCUAGACAAAGCUUCCAUCAUCAGAUUCUGGGAAAUUCUUGAUAAGUAAGUGCACUGAUUGCUUUUAACCGUUUGAGCCCUAAAUUUGAUCAGCAUCUAAUUUCUCCUUACAGUAUCAUCCCUGAAUCACACAUCAAGGUCACGAGAUUAAAGGAAAUGAUCACCAACCGAAGAAGCUCUUGAUUGUUAAACAAAUUCUCCUUGUCAGCACCCUACAAAUGUAUAGAGAACAGUAUAGAGAAUAUGCAUACUGUUGUUAAGGUGUAAAGGGUUAAUUGCAGCAGAUUUUGCUUAUACUCGAUGCGUUCCUACGUCGAUUCGUACUUAUUAUUUUUACAUUUUAUUGAUAGAGGAACUUUUAUCAAACCACGUGGCUUUUUUCUAUGAAUUCGGUGCUCGAACAACUCUGGUUGACAUUUACUUAGAUUUCCAUCGUAAACUUAAAUUACAUUUUUUCUCGGCAGGUUUAUGACAAAGAACAAACCACAUUUACGCUUCUAAACAUUCAAAACAAAUUCACUGACGGUGGAAUUUCAUGGCAGCGAGGAGCUGUUGAUAUCUUUUGUAUGGCAGACUGCUUUAUCAAUCAUGCAGCCAAAGUUUUGUAUCAAAACAUUAGUUCUGUGAAUUGAACAGUCAUUGGAACAGUCUACUGCAGUUUUGCCCAGAUUUCAAAUACCUGGUGGACUCAGUUUUUGAAUCUUAUGAUUGCGCGGUUGCAUUUCGUAUAUCAGUAAUUAACCCCCAGCUUAAUGUAACUGUCGAGGAAUAAUUAUCGCCUUAAAAUUUCUCUUCGGAACAAUGUAACAUACAAUAAUUUACAGUAUGGUAAAUGGGAACCCUAAACAAUAUGUUUUAGAAAGAGUUCAACGUACAUUACUUUAGAUGUUUGAGGGAGAACAUGUUUCUAAGAGAAGAACUUGAUCCCUGUAAGUUUUCCUAUAAUGGCCGGGUUAUUUGACUCGUAUUCAUUGACGGUGGUUUGUUU